AUGAGUGAUACCACGCCUACCGAUCAUUGCACACAUAUUGGCGGUUGUAACCCAACUCAUCUCAAAAUCAUGGACGUUCGAAAGACUUUUGGCAGCAAAAAAGUGAAAAGGAAUACUGAGACCACGGAGCUGCUAACGAUUCAUGACACGAGCUUCGCUAGCGAUAUCGUCCUUGACAAUAAUCAUGAUGACGAUGCCGUUGCUGGAUCACUGUUACCAUCCAGCGUUGUCCCCAAAAUGAACGCCGAUGCAACAACGACAAAAGACAUGUAUGACGUCCACAGCAUCGUAUCGCAUACGGUUUUAGAGACACUACUACUCGACAAAUUUGUGGAUAGCAAUGGCCAACUCAAGAAGAGCGUGGUUCCAUACGAUGAAUCCACCUUCGUCACCGAUAAAUUUCGAAAAGCAUACGAAAAGAACGACCAGCAUUGUUGUAAAAUACUCGUAUACGCUUUGUAUUUGAUGGCGUUGUUUGUUAAAAUACAGAACCUGAAAGCAGCGCGGGAUCACCGAAUGCAUCGUGCUAUCAAGUAUGCGACAAGUUUGAUGAUCACGAACCUAAAAGAAAGAUACACAGAUAAUCCAGCCAUGCAAGUACCAUGUACAUUCACGUGCCACUCUCAUCAAAGCUAA